AUGAAUAAAAAUGCAAAUGAAAAGAAUUAUAUAGGUUGCGUGGGCAUAGUAAAAAAUAAUUAUAACCAAUUGUAUAACGGCACGCAAAGUCAAAAAAUGUUAUAUGGAAAUAGUAUUACAACAUCGAUAAACUAUUUUGGUACUAAUCAAAUAGUGAAGGGACAUGGUGAACCAUGGUUGCGUUCCGAUGUUGAAUAUGUACAAAAUAAGCCAAAUAAAAAUGAGCAGAACUCUCCCCGUUGGAAUCCACAGCAUGAACGAGCUCCUAGUAGGAACUUCAAUAGAAAUCAUAACAAGGAGUUAAGAAGACAACCUGGAACAGAAAUGAAAGAUGUAAACAACCAAAAUCAAAUAAAAAACAAUCGAGAAAGGAACAAUGAAAAGGGAUAUACUGAACGAGAAGGUGAAGAGAUUCCAUUGCUUUCAAAUGAAAAUUAUUUGGAAAAUUAUUUUUCUUCAUACACAAAUGGUUAUAAAAAUGAUGAUAUUAACAAUAAUAUUGGGUAUCAUUACAAUGAAGACCAUCAUAACCAACAUACCCAAAGAGGGUAUUCUUUCAAAAUUCCAGAAAAGGAAAAAGUUAUCCAAUAUAAUGCUAAAAGUAGUUAUAAAACGUGCGAUGUUCAUGAUAAUAUGAAGGAAUCACUUUUAACAAAUGUAAAUAAGAAUAUGUUGUACAACAUAGAAAACACUAUGUGCGAUGAAAAUAACAAAUUGAAUGGUCUUUAUAGGAACAGAUUCAUACAUAGAGAAAUGCAAAAGGGUGAAGAAACAAUUUAUGCACCUCAAGGUGGAUAUUCCAAAUCAAGGGGAGUAUACAGAAAUGGAUUUUUCCAAAUGAGCACUACUAAUAGUAAACCCAACAGAAAGAGGAACAUUCAAGAUAUGGACGAUCCUUACAAUGAAAACUAUGACAAGGUGGCAAAUAAGAGAAUAUCGAAUAAGAACUUUUGGGAAAACGGUACUAUAGCAGACACAUACGAAUAUAAAAAUAUUAAGAAUGGGAAUACUUGGAUAAUGAGAAAUUCUCAUGAGGUAUGCAAAAACAAGAACGAUAUGAAGCAUCUUUCCUCAUAUUUCUUUACGCCCCAGUUGAAUAGCAACAGUGUAGUGAAAGAUUAUAUGAACGUGAAGAAAUCAAAAAAUUUACAAGGUCCUUUUCAUUUCCAAAAUACAAAGUAUUAUGGUGAUAGAAGAGAAAACAAAAGAAAUUCUGUGAUUACUAAUAAUUCUAGCCAAGUGAUGGAAACGACAAAUAGUAGAAGUAAAAUGGAUGAAGGAUAUGUUAAAAGAGAAAAUGAUAAAAAAAUAAAGAAAGAAAAUUCAAAGUUAACUUUUUGCACGUAUUGUGAUAAAAAUAUUGAAGACAAGGAUUUAGAUGAACAUAACAAGAGUGAACACAUAAAGUGUCCUAUAGAUAACUGUGGACAAGUGUACAAUAUUGACGAUUUAGAAUUUCAUUUAUUAAAUCAUAUGAAAAAUGAGAAGAAUGAAAUUAUACUAAAUGAUUCAAAAGAAAUUGAAAAAUGGAUUGAGGAAAGAAAAAAGAAUUAUCCAACAAGAAGUAAAAUAGGGAAUAUUAAAAAUAAUAAAAUAGCUAAAAAAAAAAAAAAAAAACCAAAUUGUUUAAUUGAAGAAUUAUUAUUUGAAAGCUAUUGUUCAGCUCUAGGAAGAAACAUAUAUUGCAAAAAUCAGUCAGAAAAAUCCAUUUUUGUUCCUUUACUAACCAAAUUAGAACAAAAUAAAAUGCACAAUAUUUAUGAAAAUAAUUAUUACCCUAUUGGUUUUAAUUCAAAUGGAAACAAUUAUAUCGUAAACAAAAAGAAACGGUCCCGAAAGAAGUUGCAGCUUAUUGAUUCUCUCAAUAUUCACAGAAAUUCCCCUUUGUUAUAUCAACUAAUGAAAAAGGAAAUUUAUCAUUAUGAAAAAAAACUUAUCAAGUGCAUAGAGUACAUCACACAGAGUGCCUUUUUCGAUGAUUCCGUCGCGGACAUUCCCACAAAACAUAUCCUUGAACUAGAUUAG